GCCCGCUAGGUCGUCUACUUUAAGCCGAACAAACCAAGAACUGCUCGCCCUCCUCCCACACUGAGUAUACAUUUGCAGUCUGCACUAAUAAAAUGGCUUCGCAAGAUCAUCACCACCACCAUGACCACAAUCACCAUGACCAUCAUCAUCAAGAUCACACUAAUCCGACGAAUUCAUGGGUAGGUGUAGACGGGAAGGUGUACCAUAGCCAUGAUGGACUGGCAGCACACUCACACGAGCCCAUAUACUCGCCUGGCUACUUCAGCAGAAGAGCUCCGCCACUCAUCAAUAGGGAUUUCAAUGAGAGAGAUUUCACUGUCGGUAUCGGCGGCCCUGUCGGUACUGGGAAAACGGCAUUGAUGCUGGCUUUGUGUAGAUAUUUAAGGGACAAAUAUAGUCUUGCUGCAGUGACAAAUGAUAUAUUCACGAAGGAGGAUGGUGAGUUCUUGGUUAAGAAUGGGGCGCUUCCUGAAGAAAGAAUACGUGCUGUAGAAACUGGAGGAUGUCCCCAUGCUGCAAUUCGUGAAGACAUCAGCAUCAAUCUUGGCCCUCUGGAGGAGCUUUCUAACUUAUACAAAGCAGACAUACUUCUUUGUGAAUCUGGUGGAGAUAACUUAGCUGCCAACUUCAGCAGGGAACUGGCUGAUUACAUUAUAUAUAUUAUAGAUGUAUCUGGUGGUGAUAAAAUUCCUCGAAAAGGGGGGCCAGGCAUUACCCAGGCUGAUCUCCUUGUAAUAAACAAAACAGACCUUGCACCAGCAGUUGGAGCUGACUUAGCAGUCAUGGAACGGGAUGCUCUCCGCAUGCGUGAUGGAGGGCCAUUUGUCUUCGCUCAGGUGAAGCAUGGGGUUGGUGUGGGGGAAAUUGUGACCCACGUUUUACAGGCUUGGGAAGUUGCAACACUGAAUUUCUCUGCUAAGGCAGCGCUUAUUUUGUUGUACUUUAUUUUCCAUAAAACACAUCCUGAUGCAUUAAGAUAUAAGUCGGUUGAGUUCAGUUACAAUUGUGAGUCUUUGUCUGUGAACUGCAACUCACCUGUAUUUGAGCUGGCUAAGACAGAAGAAGUUGGGUGCAAGAUUUUUGAGCAGAACCCUACCAAGAUCAAGAACUAUGGAAUCUGGCUGCAAUACCAAAGUCGAACUGGUUAUCACAACAUGUACAAGGAGUACAGAGACAUCACUCUUAAUGGGGCUGUGGAACAGAUAGAUGUACACUGAGAUGGGUUCUCGCCACAGGGUUAGGUUUCCUUGCAUUCAGAUUAUCAAGACUGCCACCAUCCCAGCCAAACUGUGCAAGAGGGACAGCACCAAUUUGAUGUGAUUUUGUUAAUAUAAUAUGGGAGCUCGAUUCUGCGAUUUUGUUAAUAAUCUGUGUUGGGGAUUACCAAAACCAAACAGAUGUUUUCAUCCUUUUUAGUCAUCUGCAACAAGGAAUGAGGAAUCUCAUCUCGAAGAUAUGUGAGUUGAUUCCAAAUUAACAAGAAUAUAGGAACUCAAAACUAUCUGUGUGAUUCGUCCCUGUAUACUCUAUGUUUCAUAUUCAUAUAUGAAUACAGUGAAAAUAA